CGGGGGGCGGUCCCCGGCCAUGCUGCCCGGGGUGGGGGUGUUCGGCACGGCUCUGACGGCGCGGGUGAUGAUCCCGCUGCUGCGGGCGGAGGGCUUCUCGGUGGAGGCGCUGUGGGGGCGGACGGCGGAGGAGGCGGAGGCGCUGGCGGCCGAGCUGGCCGUGCCCUUCCACACCUGCCGCAUCGACGACCUGCUGCUCCACCACGGCGUCGACCUCGUCUGCAUCCACCUGCCGCCGCCCCUCACCCGGCAGAUCGCCGUCAAGACCCUCGGCAUCGGGAAGAACGUCAUCUGCGACCGCACGGCCACGCCGCUGGACGCCUUCCGGAUGAUGUCGGCCGCCCACUACUAUCCGAAGCUCAUGAGCAUCAUGGGUAACGUCCUGCGCUUCCUGCCCUCCUUCGUGCGGAUGAAGCAGCUGAUCCAGGAGGGCUACGUGGGCGAGCUGCUGGUGUGCGAGGUGCAGGUGCACGGCGGGAGCCUGCUGGGCAAGAAGUACAACUGGAGCUGCGACGACCUGAUGGGGGGCGGGGGCCUGCACUCGGUGGGCACCUACAUCAUCGACCUCCUGACCUUCCUCACCGGCCAGAAGGCGGUCAAGGUCCACGGGCUCCUCAAGACCUUCGUCAAGCAGACGGCCCACAUCCAGGGCAUCCGCCAGAUCACCAGCGACGACUUCUGCACCUUCCAGAUGGUGCUGGAGCAGGGCGUGUGCUGCACGGUGACCCUCAACUUCAACGUGCCCGGCGAGUUCAAGCAGGACGUCGCCGUGGUGGGCUCGGCCGGGCGGCUGCUGGCGGCCGGCACGGACCUGUUCGGCCAGCGGAACGGGGCCCCCGGCCAGGAGCUGCUCCUCCAGGACUCCACCCCGGUCAGCAACUCCCUGUUGCCGGAGAAGGCCUUCAGCGACAUCCCCUCGCCCUACCUGCGGGGCACCAUCCGGAUGAUGCAGGCCGUCCGGCAGGCCUUCCAGGGCCAGGACGACAGGCGGACCUGGGACGGGCGGCCCCUGACCAUGGCCGCCACCUUCGACGACUGCCUCUACGCCCUCUGCGUGGUGGACACCAUCAAGCGGUCCAGCCAGACGGGGGAGUGGCAGAACAUCUCCGUCAUGACGGAGGAGCCGGAACUCAGCCCGGCCUACCUGAUCAGCGAGGCCAUGCGGCGCAGUAGGAUGUCCCUCUACUGCUAGCGGCGCUCUGCCACUCGCCGGAGGGAGGCCGGGACCGGGGGGCGGGUCUCAGGGGUGCGGGACGCUGGAGGGGCACCGAAGCCCGGGCAAGGUGGCCUAAGGGAUGGGAGACCGGCAACCUCGAACCGUCGGCUUGGAAUUCAGGUCCUCGGCUUCCGUAUUUGGGGCCCCGCCUCCAGCUCUGGACCCUCCUCGGUGUGAGGCUUAGGUGACUCCGCUCCAUUUACUGCGAAAGGCAGGAUGGAGUCUGCUUUUCCCCCCUUCCCUGUUUCUCCCCACUCCUUUCCUCCCGGCCCCCCUUCACUUAGGAAACCAAGCUCGGGGGCCGUCGUCACCUGCGGACCCUUCCGCUCCCACUCCAGGCACCGCGUAGCAGGCGGGGUCUUCUCCCUCACGCCCAGAUUGGGGAAACCGGACCCCCAGGGCCGGUCCCCUAAUUUUUAUUGGAUCUGGUCUCUCUGAGUGAAUGUCUGAAUACAACUCCGUGACUUUUCCCUCACUGCCAAGCUCUCUUAUCUUCUCCCAACCCUUGGCCCAGAAGGGAAAAGAGAAGUCCGGAGAGAUGGUGGGAGGCCGCCCCGGCUGGGCCGGGGACGCUAGAAGGAAAUGGGAAGAAGCCGGGGGGGUGGGGAGGGGUGGAAUUAAUCCCUUUCAGAUGGGAUGACUAUUUGAGUUCCUCUUCCUUCGACCACCCCGCCUGGGCUCUGGGGUCUCGGUUUCUCUCCUCCUCCGGCCUUCGUGUCCUAGAUGUGAAGGUAGCAACAAACGAAUGUAAACCAAGAACUUCUUUGGUCUUGCACUGGAGCUUCGGGAAUGUCCCUUCUAGAAGAGAAAAUGUCUGGCAACAGUGGGUUAGGGCUGUGGGGUGGAGAGAGAAGGGUCGGUUUCCUCAUUCCCCCCUCUCGUGGGUCUUCUCCCUCACACCCAGAUUAGGGAAGCCGGACACCCCUGGGGUCCGGGUCCCCUAAUCCAUGUUGGAUCUGGUCUCUCUAAGUGAAUGUCUGAACACGACUUUAUGAUUUUUACCUCACUGCCCAGCUGUCUUCUCCCAGUCAGCGGAAGCCCCAGGCCAGUUAAAAUACAAAAGCAAAAAGGCAUUUUCUUCUCUCUCUUCUCCAACCUAAUGCACUCCCACUAGAUCUCCGUUCCGAGAGGAGGCAGGCUUUAGUUCAGACUGUGCAUCGAAACAGCUGCCCUCUUUGACCUGUAAUGGAGUUUGAGGCAAUCUACUGAAUCAGAUGCUAAAGCCGGAUGGGACUAGAAGACGUCAUUUGGUCCAGCCCUCUGCCUCCAGGCAGGGGAGACGCCUAAAGUGAUAGUACAAUCAGAUGCUUCCCAAAGCUCAAGAUGAUGUUACCCUAGAAUGUAAAUUUCAGAAUCUUUGGAUUCCAGAGGCAAUGUGGGCUUGUUUCAAGUGGAAAGGGGCAAGGAUUUGGAGAUAUGGAAGUGAUGAUUGCCCUGCAUCCUCCUACUGAGAUGCAAUCAAUCGUAUUUAUUGAGCGCUUACCGUGUGCAGAGCACAGUACUCAGCACUUAGUACAGCGCUCUGUUUGCCAAGCUGUGCAGUGGUUUUCAGGUUCAGACAGCUGGGGCUCACUGACCUAAAGGUAUGAGGUCUAGCCCUCUGGCUUCCCUUCCUUCAGUGAUCAGCUCCAAGUUGAAAAUGCAGGGAGAAGCUUAGUGGCAGUAACAAUCCUCCAAAUAUUUUGCACCUUUUCAUCCGCAGGUCCAAUCACCAAGUUGGUAGCAAUUUUGAUCUUCAGGCAGAAGGUUGAAGGAUGAGUCAGAAAGAUAUUAAAGUGGUGAAAAGGGGUGAGGGAAAGAACUAGAUUUCUCUGUGUCAUGGCAUUUAGUAAAAGAGAUUAUUCUGUGGGGGUGGGAAACGCUUUGAUGUUCCUAUGUGAAUCAUCACACGUGGGAGAUUUUUUUCAAAGAUCACGCUGAGCUGAUUGGUAUAAAAUUCACAUCCCUUCUGGCAGCCUGAGACUUCUUCUGGGAGAAGUAGCGUGGCCUAGUGGAAUGAACACAAGACCGGGAGUCAGGAGACCUGAGUCCUAAUCUCGGCUCUGCCC